AUGUCCCACUCAACUCCAUUUCCUCACCCAAGCCCGAACGAAGAAUAUACCGAAUACCCAUUUCCCUCUACAACUCCAAGCAGCCGUCAAAGUCUUGAACGGGAACCUACAGCAGAUGGCGACCAAUAUGUGGCUGACCUGCAGCCAUCCCUGCCGCCGUCACCGGUCACACCACCCGAGCUCGCCACGCAGGAACUGGAACCUCAAAUAGAACCUCGCAUUCGAUCGCCUCGUGUUCGCUUCCGCUCAAUCAGCAAGCUAGGCGAACGAUACCUACAUCCUUCCGACUCCCAUCGAGUAUUCUCAGAUCAAUCCGAUACCUCAAAUCAUCCUCUGCUCCCGCCGGCAGAGCUGAGCAACGUCCCUCUCACCGGAACCGUCACCCCGCCAGCCCCCGCACAUUCCCGCCACGGCAGCCGCGCGUACGAUGGACCGCAGACAGAACUGUCAGAGAAGACAGAGCCAGGGUCUGUUGAACGAACGACUUCUGCUCGUGAGCGAUUCCGUGCUGCUGGUCAGCUGCUCCGACAGAAGACUACGCGAUUGACAGAACGUCUUGGUCGCCCUGUGGACGAAGGCGAAGCUCUGAACGCUUCACUCCUUCCCGACGACUAUGACGGUCAUAUUCCACUGGAUCAAUUACAGGCUCGACGCGCACAAAGCGAUGCUGAUAACUUACGAGCAUUGGAGGCUGGUGAGGAGCCCAUUGAGGCUGCGCCUAGUGCAGAGGCUCAUCGUCUGGUUCGCAGCAUGACAAUGGUCCAGGACCGUCUCAAGCGCAAGCCUCGGGGUGCAUAUCAGCGAUCAGGACAAACAACACCGGAGGGUUUGCUACGAGACUACACUGCUGCUGCUCGUCGCCGAUCCAGUGGAUUCGGCGGUGGAAGCAGUGGAAUUCUCUCACAGCUCCUGAGGCUGCAAGCUGUCCAGACUGGGGGCUCGUCGCGCCCGGAGAGUGUCAUCACGGAUGACUCGGAUAGCGAGACUCAAGUCUCAUCUGGCGCGACGACACCGAAGAAGGGCUCAUUGUCUCCAUACUAUGCGCCUUCGCAGCCUACCUCUGGAAGCGCCACCCCUCGCAAGGAAAAGCUGAAGUGGUACAAGAAGCCCGCCCACCGGUCUACUUCGUCAUUGGUCGGUGCCUCAAUGAACUUUAGUACCACAAGCUUGCCGGCCGCCAUUGAAGCGAUGCCACCAGGCAAGAGACCCAAGAAGAGCAAGCGUAAGACUCGUCUUGAAGAUGAGAUUCGCGUGACUGUGCACAUUGCCGAGAUCAUUUCGCGUCAGCGUUAUAUCAUGCAGUUGUGUCGUGCCCUUAUGCGCUACGGUGCUCCUACCCAUCGCUUGGAAGAAUACAUGCAGAUGACUGCGCGUGUACUGGAAGUCUCUGGCCAGUUCUUGUACCUGCCUGGUUGUAUGAUUAUGUCGUUUGACGACCCAGCCACCCGUACUGCUGAAGUCAAGCUUGUGAGAAUGGUGCAAGGUGUCGAUCUUGGAAGACUUGCUGAUACACACAAUGUGUAUAAGAAUGUCGUUCACGAUCUGAUCGGUGUCGAGGAGGCAAGUCACGAACUAGAUGAGAUCAUGCAGCGCAAGCCCCGAUACAACAAGUGGCUUGUGGUGCUAUUGUAUGGUCUCGCUAGUGCCACGGUCGGCCCGUUCGCCUUUGAGGCACGACCAAUCGAUCUGCCUGUUAUCUUCUGUCUCGGCUGUCUAGUCGGUUUCAUGCAACAUGUCCUUGCUCCUCGAUCAGUACUUUACUCCAACGUCUUUGAAGUCACCGCCGCUAUCCUGACUUCCUUCCUUGCGCGUGCGCUUGGUAGUAUUGAAUAUGGAGGUGGACGUUUAUUCUGCUUCUCAGCACUUGCACAGUCAUCUAUCGCUCUCAUUCUUCCUGGUUUCACCGUCCUCUGCAGCAGUCUGGAACUGCAAUCUCACCAAAUCAUCGCUGGCUCGGUUCGAAUGGUGUACGCCGUCAUCUAUUCACUUUUCCUAGGCUACGGUAUCACCGUCGGCCUGACUAUCUACGGUCUUAUGGACCACAAUGCAUCCUCCGAAACGACAUGUCCCAACCUCGACGUCUACGGAUCCACAAUCGCACGCAAAUUUCCAUUCGUGGCGAUCUACGCCGUAUUCCUUGCCCUCGUUAACCAAGCCAAAUGGAAACAAAUGCCAGUCAUGGUUUUCAUCGCCACAGUCGGCUACAUCACGAACUAUUUCAGUUCACUCAGAUUCGGCUCUUCAUCCGAAGUUGCCAACACCGUUGGCGCCUUCACCGUCGGUAUCCUGGGUAACCUGUACAGUCGACUUUGGCACGGUCAUGCCGCCACUGCCAUUCUGCCUGGUAUAUUCGUGCUCGUGCCUUCCGGCCUUGCAUCCAGUGGCUCCUUGCUAUCUGGCCUGACCUAUGCCAACGAGGUCCUCCGCCACGACACUUCAUCGACCAGUUCUUCCGAUACAUCCGUCUCCAGUCUUGGUUACGGUAUGAUCCAGGUUGCUAUCGGCAUUACUGUUGGAUUAUUCAUGUCAGCUCUUAUUGUUUAUCCUUUCGGCAAGAAGCGGACUGGUUUGUUCAGCUUCUAG